GCCAGGAAACAUCUAAGUGCAAUCUUAGCUGCUGUAGCCACAGGUAUUGCAAUUCGUAAUAAUUCUCUCGUAACUGCUUGCAAUCCAAUUCGCAAUAUGGGCCUUCGAAGUCGUCUUGCCAUACCGUCGGCCUCCGAACACGACUACCAUGAUCAGAUCUCUACCAACAAAGAACAGCAGCCCGUGCCUCUUGGCUCGCCAGAGCGAACAUGGACAUGGCCAAGUCUUCUAGGCUUCUGGGUCGCAGAGGCGUUCUCGAUAUCAAUGUAUCAAGUCUCAUCGACAUCUGUGAGCAAAGGUCUCAACCCUGGCCUUUCAAUCCUCGCUGUACUCAUUGGACACUUUCUGGUAUGCAUUCCGGCAAUGCUGGAUGGCUACAUUGGUGCCAUGUUCGGCAUCAACUUCCCAGUCUUCACAAGAGCUAGCUUUGGUAUGCGUGGCUCCUACUUUGCGGUGUUCGUUCGUGGAGUUGUGGCAUGCAUCUGGUUCGGCACGCAGAGCUUCCAGGGAGGUCAAUGCCUGCAGGUCAUGAUUGAGGCCAUCUGGCCUAGCUUCGAGAGGUUCCCCAACCGUCUGCCCGAAAGUGCGCACGUCACCUCCGCUCAGUUGUUGUGCUUCUUCCUCUUUAUCUUGGUUCAAGCACCGCUACUCUGGCUCAAGGUCUCCAGUCUGAGGUACAUGUUCAUGGCUAAGACUAUCAUCAUGCCUAUCUUUGGUCUUACUCUCUUCAUCUGGGCCUUGGUAGCGGCUAAGGGCUUCGGUCCUACAUUCUCCCAGCCUACCCGCAUCAAGGAUGGUACACCCGCUGCUGUCGUCUUUCUGCAAUGUGUCACCACCGCUAUCGGGCCAAAAGCGACUCUCGCUCUGAACAUGCCUGAUUUCACUCGUUACGCGAAGUACCCGAAGCAGGUCUUCUGGACGCAAGCAGUUGGUUUGAUGGUUCUUGUCACCAUGUGUGGUGUACUUGGAGCUACAGUCACGAGUGCAGCUCAGGUUGUCUACGGUGUCAGCACCUGGAACCCUCUCGAAGUCGCCAAGCUCUGGAACAAUCGUGCCGCUCAAUUCUUCGCAGGAUUGUGCUGGUGUUUUGCAGUGAUCGGCACCAACAUCAGUGCCAACAGCGUAUCCUUCUCCAACGACAUUGCUCUUUGGUUCCCGAAAUACAUCAACGUACGUCGCGGAGCGUACCUAUGUUGUAUCCUCAGUAUCGCGACUACACCUUGGAACAUCCAAUAUAGUGCCAAGUCGUUCUCCUCUUUUCUCGGUGGCUAUGCUCUGUUCCUGGGAGCCUUGGUCGGUAUAAUUAUCACAGACUUCUGGAUAUGUCGUCGUCGCUCUCUUGAUGUCAGAGCUCUGUACAAGAAGCAUGAUGUGCAUCACUUCACAGCUGGCUUCAACAUUCGCGCCUUCAUUGCAUUCUUCUGCGGUAUUGCCCCGAACAUGCCUGGCUUAGCGGCAGCUUGUGGAGCCAGUGGUGUGCCGAAUGGUGCAAGGUAUCUGUACAGUCUGAGUUGGCUCGUCAGUACCCUUGUUGCCGGGCUAGUGUAUUGGGUCUCCUUCAAGAUCAAGCCUUUCGAGGUCUCGCCGAGCCAAGAGAUGUACAUGGAUGGUGUUGAAGGCUAUGAUCCCAGCAUUUCUGAGAUUCCUCAACACACCAAGCAGGACAAGGAAGUCGAAGCUUAGGCAGUGCUGUAUUACGGAGCACCUCAGAACGAUUUACGAAUAUUCAAUGUAAAGAUUUAUAAUCCACAAUUUCAC